AUGGGCGAGAAGUUGUCGGCGGAGACGGCGUUCGCCACAAUUGCUUACUUUAAUGCCUUGCGUUGGGGAAUAGCGAAUAACGCACCCCUGGCUAUAGCCGCUUUCAGCGAGUUAAUUAUAGUUAUCAAACGUAUCCAGAAUUUUCUAUUACUCGAAGAGAUGAGUGGUUUGGAUGAGAGGGAAGGGAAAGACAACGAGGCGUUCAUUUCGGGAGAAAAUGAGAUAUUUCUCGAAGUAAUGGAAAACACUUCGAGUAAUGAAGAAAAAGGCGUUUUUAUGGAUAAUAUGAGCGUUCGUUGGAAUAAUGAGACGACUGAACCCACGCUUCGGGACAUUAGUCUGAGUGUAAAACCCGGACAACUGCUGGCUGUCGUCGGAUCCGUUGGCAGUGGAAAGAGUUCACUAUUAAUGUCAAUACUGAAUGAGAUAUCGCUAGUGUCGGGUCGGGUGGCAGUGAGGGGUCGGGUGUCGUACGCGCCGCAGGAGUCGUUAGCUUUCAUAGCGAGUGUUCGACAGAAUAUUCUGUUUGGCUCUCAAUAUAAUGAAGAGAAAUACAAUCGAGUGGUGAAGGCGUGCGCUUNUUUACAUUAUGCUAGGCUGAGUCUGGCCCGGGCUCUGUACCACUCGGCAGACAUCUACCUCUUGGACGACCCCUUGAGUGCUGUUGACACACAUGUGGCCAAACAUCUCUUUCAGGAUUGUUGUAUUGAGUACCUGAAAAACAAGGCGACUAUUUUAGUGACCCAUAGCAUCCAGUUUCUCAAAGACGCGCAUCAAAUACUUGUGCUCAACGACGGCGAGUGUGUGGCCAUCGGGUCCUACACUCAGCUCAAAGAGNUCAAAUACUUGUGCUCAACGACGGCGAGUGUGUGGCCAUCGGGUCCUACACUCAGCUCAAAGAGCGCGGCAUUGAUCUCAUGGCAUAUCAGAGACAAACCGAUGAAACACAUCAUACCAGAGCUGAUAAGAGGAGGACACAUUAGGGAACCAAUAGAAGUGGACGACCAGGAAGUAAAGGCCGAACUCAAAAUGAUUGGAUCCGUUGAAACCAUUGUUUAUAUGGAGUACAUUAAGGCCGGCGCCGGACAUCUACUCAUAACAAUUACCAUUUUGUUUUUAAUCGCUGCACAAGUCUUCAAUCAGGGAAGUGACUAUUGGCUUAGCUUAUGGACUAAUGAUAUGAUUAAAAACCCGGAAGAAGUUGAUCAGACAUUUGACUUCAUUAUCUACACGAGUCUAAUGUGUGGUCUGUUUGUGUCGGCCCUGUUAUCCACCAUUUGUUUCUACAUAAUGUGUAUGAGAUCUUCGGUUAAUCUCUAUAACCGAAUAUUCUAUGCAUUAUUACGAUCACCGAUACAUCUGUUUGAGAGUUCACCCAUCGCCCGGAGUCCGGUGUACUCACACGUGAACACAACGCUGUGUGGGCUGACAUCGAUCCGUGCGUUCGGCGCACAGCAUAUGUUUGAGCGUCAGUUUGAAGUCCACCAAAACGACAACACCUCUACUUUUUUCCUACUUGUUUGCAGCACUCGAGCGCUCGGAGUCUUAGUGGACACUAUUUGUAUGGGUUAUGUGAGCGCCGUUAUCGUCUAUAUCAUGAUCAGUAGUGACGCUUUAUCAUUGACAACUGUGGUUCAAUGGUCUGUUAAAUUAUCUGCCGAUUCCGAGACCUAUAUGACUGCCGUCGAGCGAGUUCUUGAAUACACAGCCAUUAAACCCGAGGCAGAGCUCGAGUCCACUCCCGAUCGGAAACCACCUAAAAAUUGGCCACAAAUGGGAGAAAUAGUGUUCAAAGAUAUGAGUCUUCAAUACAACGAAUCGCCGCAUAAAGUGCUCAAAAAUAUCAAUGUUUGCCUCAAAGGGGGAGAAAAUGUGGGAGUCGUGGGCCGGACGGGCGCCGGCAAGUCGUCACUUAUUGCAGCCCUCUUUCGACUCACAGAACCUUUAGGACAGAUAUUGAUAGACGGGGUGGACAUCGGGUCCAUAGGUUUGCAUGACUUGAGAAGUCGUAUAUCAAUCAUACCUCAGGAUCCGGUGCUCUUCACGGGUUCGGUGCGCAGAAAUUUGGACCCUUUUAGUGAACACUCGGACGACAAGCUCUGGUCGGCUCUGUCUGAGGUACAGCUCCGGGAUGUCGUGCAGUCAAUGCCGGGACAGUUGGACGCAGUGGUGACAGAAGGGGGCAGUAAUCUGAGUGUAGGUCAGCGCCAAUUGGUAUGUCUGGCGAGAGCUAUACUACGAGACAAUCGGAUACUAGUGUUAGACGAGGCGACCGCUAAUGUCGACCACAGAACCGAUGCU